GCGGACUCCGAAAACCACACCUACCUCAAACGCCAGAAAACUCCGUGCACCAGCCCUCCCCCUCCCCAACCCGGGCAAACAACAACAACAACAAUGGCAUCAACAAUGAGAUCCAUGAGCCGGAUCCUCACGCGGACCUCUCGCUCUGCCCUAUCCCCAAUCGAACACACCACCGCAAAGACGACCGGUCUCUUCUCCGCGAACCUCAGAGCAGCAACCAACAUCAAUAGCCGCAGUAGCAGCAGCAGCAAUGCAGGACUACUACUCCGCCGCUCUUUUUCGACCUCUCCGGCUUGUCUUCGCGCGCGCACAAUGGGCCAAUUGAAGGCGCGGAACUCGACGGGUCCGUUCUCGUGGAAGGCGGCGCUGCUGUUCGUUUUGACGGGUGGUGGUAUGAUUAUUUAUUUCCGGGUUGAGAAGGAGCGAUUGGAGAGGAAGCGCAUUGCGGAGAUGAGUAAGGGGGUUGGGAAGCCGAAGGUUGGAGGACCGUUUACGUUGAAGGAUUUGGAUGGGAAGGAGUUUACGGCGGAGGAUUUGAAGGGGAGGUAUAGUUUUGUGUAUUUUGGAUUCACUCACUGCCCUGAUAUUUGCCCCGACGAGUUGGACAAGAUGGCCGAGAUUAUUGAUAAGGUGAAGGAGGCUACGAAGGGCGAGAAUGUUUUCUUGCCUGUGUUUAUUACUUGUGACCCUGCCAGAGAUACGCCUGAAGUGCUGCGCGCUUAUUUGAAGGAGUUCCAUCCUGAUAUUAUUGGGUUGACGGGAACGUAUGAUGAGGUUAAGCAUGUUUGCAAGCAGUAUCGGGUGUAUUUCAGUACCCCGAGAGAUAUUAAGCCUGGUGAGGAUUAUUUGGUCGAUCAUAGCAUCUAUUUCUAUCUGAUGGAUCCCGAUAACGACUUCGUCGAGUGCAUCGGUCGUCAGGAUACGCCUGAGUCGGCCACGAGGACGAUCAUGGAACAUAUCAAUGACUGGAAGCGCGAGGGCAAGCCCCUUAAGAAGGACUAAGUGGUGAUGGUCUCUGCCUGCCUCGAUGUGUAUCAUAGACAAUACCCUACUCUGUGAUUGUAAAAUAAGACUGUCAAUUAGCAUUCUCCA